AUGGCCUCUCCCGUCGCACCCGUCACCAAGUUGAGUCUGCGUGUUCGCAACAAGGCCCUGUCGAGGGCGCACGUUCGUGUGGUGGAGGCGAGGGAGCGGCAGGUGGUGGAACAGGAGCUCGAGAGGGCCACCGAGAAGGAACUGAAGAUGACCCUGGGGGGUGGGAUCAGUGCUGAGGUCGGUGGCCUAGAGAUUGGCCUGGAGGCCAAAAGGGGCAAAGAAACACGUACGUGACAGCAUGCACCAGAAUGCACGGCGGAGGUCUCGGCGGUAGGCACUCUUUUCUGGGGAUGUUCAGGUGACAAGACGGAAGAGAAGGCUGUCGUCCGCAUUCAGUACGGCAAGCUCAGGGAGUCACGCGACUGGUGAGAGGGGAGCUAGCUCUUUGUCCCGUGAGACCACGCUUGUCCCUUCCUAUCAGGAUAACGAUUGAUCCCGGCGAGGAGGCCAUUUUGUCAAGCUUCGACUCCCCGUACAUCUCAAUCAUCAUCGAAGACUCGGACUAUCAGCUGCUCAAUCAGCUCAUACACCCAGAAGAGCACAAAUAUGCCAUCGCACUCAGAAGGGUGAGAGAAGCCAGUUGAGAGGCGCCCUUUAGUCACCUAUGGCUGCUCUCCCUUUUCUAGGCCAACCCUCCAUUUGUAUCUCUCGUGAUUGAUGCCGUCGAGGUUGCAAAUGUCGAAGCCAAGCAGAAGGCUUUCCGUCUGAACAACAUCGUGACGAAGCUUGUGUUGACCGCAGUCGAAAGCAUGGGCCGCGGCAUGUCGGUGGGGGUGGAGCCGAAGAAGAAGCGGGAGACACAUGAGGAGGCCGAUGUCUCGCGGCUGUGGAUCCGACAAAUGGACACUCUCUGCCCCAAGGGCGCUUUCCGUUUGGUCCCGGUGGCAUUUCCCGACAAGACGCUGGCGGUCAGCCCAUUGCUGGGCAACAGCCUCGUCCUUGAUGUGCCAACGGUUGAGACAGAUGCCAAGGACAGUAAAGAGGAAGCACGAUACGAGCAGUGGAUCAUGCUCUCAGCUGAGACGCAAGAGAUUGCCCAGCCGAGGACAGACAGAGGCUGGUGCAGUUCGUUCUGCUGUCAGCCCUCCAAAGAUCAGCUGCUCGUGUCGCCCGACAUGGAGUUCCAGCCCGCGAAGGAGCAGAGGAGGGGAAGCAGCAAGUUCGAUGACGAGACAGUGACCAUCAAGUGUGUUGGGCUGCCGGACCAUGUGAUGAGUGUCAAAACGUUUGGGAGAAGCAAGAAUCUGGUGAUGACGAAGGGAGACGAAGGAGUCCCCGUGGAGGCCCUGUGGCGCUGCAGCCAGCCGAUUGUGACCAAGAAGGGUAGCAAAAGCAAUGCCACAAACCGUAUAAACGACAUUGUUAUCUUUUUAUGCUGCCUCCUUGCUUAAGCUGCGCUCAAAGGGGCUACCGCGACGGACACUGAAGAGGUCGGUGGCAUCGCACUCGUUAAGCACGGCAGCUAGCGUUUCAUUGACCCUCUGAUUGACCCAGAUGAGCCUAUUCGAGGCUUCUGCGGAGGGCAAUUUGGAGGCUGUCUUGCGGAUCAUUCAGACCAAAGGCGUCAAAUGCCUGCAGGAGACCGACGAGGUGAGACACACCGCUUGACAUGGCAAUGAUGGGAACGUGACUGGUGUUUCGUGGCUUUGCAGGAGGGCUUCACGGCGCUGCACUUCGCCGCCCAAAAUGGUCAUGAAGACAUUGUCAGAGAGAUAGUGACCAAAGGCGGCAAAGAACUCAUCAAAAAGAGAACCAUCGUACAGGUGAGCUGAGACACAGCAUGGCGAGCGACAUCCAACAGCAACAGCCAUCUUCAUGUUCAUUAGAAUGAGCCUACAGCGUUGCAUAUGGCGAUUGAGAAGGGUCAUACACCAGUCGUCGCCGCGCUUGUCGAGCUCGGAGGGGCCGAUGUCUUGUUUUUUCAGAGAUGGGGUGCGAAAGAAGCAGUGCUCCCUACAUUGUCUUCACCAUUCUAUUGUGCGGUAUCCUAUCGAACUUUAUCUUGACUGUAUUUCCUGCAGAAUAAGGACACGCCUUUUUACACUGCUGCGCGAUGUGGUGAAGUCGAUGCGCUGACGGUGAUGCAUGCGAAAGGAGGUCGAAGCCUGCUGGAGCAGCAGUCGGAUGUAAAGAGGACAUACCUUUGGACAUACAUGAUUGCUUCCCGUGUGCAUCUGUGUGUGGGAUGCAGGGCGAAUAUGCCAUUCAUUCCGCAGUCGCAAAGGGCCAUCUCACUGUGGUCAAUCAGCUCUUAUCGUGGGGCGGAAAGGCGCAGCUCGACAACCUCAACAGCGUAAAGCCCUGUGCACUGCGCAUUGUCUUGGACAUGAUCUUGUUAUGCUUUGCUUGGCGACUGCAGAACCGUCACACACCCUUCCUUCUUGCUGCGUGGGCUGGUCAUGUGGAUGUGUUGCGAGCGAUUUUCGCCAAAGGGGGUGGCAAACCCUUACUGGAACAACAGAAUCCAGUAAGGGGAGGAAGCCAAUAUCAACAAGUGUCAAGUGCGUGUCUAUGAUUAUGACCACAGUUGGGCAGCUAUGCGGUCCACUUGGCAGCUAUAAUGGGCCAUGUUGAUGCGCUUCAGCAGGUGCUGGAGUAA